AUCUUCCUGACUCCUUCGCGCCGACAGGUGGGACCCAUAUGUAGAGACACGACGCACCACCCCUCAGAUCCAGCACGCCAGCCGCUGCGUCCGCUUCCUCCCGCACGGCCACCAUGCCUCAGAUCCAGCACGCCAGCAGCACCGUUGCCGGCUGGUCCGCAGGGGGCAGAACUGCCGAAUCCUCAACGGAGGAAGCCGGUGGAGGAGGAGAAGGAGGAGGGAGCGCACAGAGCUCGCAUGCAGGCUCUAGCGCUCCCCCGCGCGGUGGAACCAGCCAAUCCCGCCGCCGCUCGCUUCCCCAGCGCAUGCGCAACACUUUCCCUCUUCCUCGCCACGACUCCCAUGACUCCGAGCGUCUGCGCGGGCAGCAAGGGCAAGGCGGCGCGGCGUGGCUCCUCCUCCCGACACCGAGCGACAGCGGCAGAGGCGCCGUGGCAUCCCGACGGCGCGGCGCAAGCAGCAAGGGCAAGGUGUCCCGGCUCUCCUUCCCGACACCGAGCGACAGCGGCCAGGCGGCGACGAACGGCAGUUGCUGUUCCGGAGAAGGCGGGCUCCGUCUGCCCUGUGAGGCCAACUUCUCGGAAGAGCGGCGUCACGACGGCAGAGGCGGCGCGGCGCAAGGGGCAAGGCGUCCUGGCUCUUCCUCACGUCUUCGACCGACGGGCGCGGGCGUCGACAACAAGGGCAAGGAGGCACGGGGGUAUGGCGUACAACGGCGUGGCAGUGUGGCGCGUACGGUGCGGGGUACGGGCGUGGCUUCUCUACUGGCGGCGCUCGGCCCCUUCCCCGGCUAGAGGCAUUCGGUCACCUCGCCACGACAGCAGCGGUCGGCACAGCGAGGGAAGGCGGAGCGGCACGGACGUGGAAAGGAAGGGCAAGGUGUCUGCGCGGGCAGCAAGGGCAAGGCGGCGCGGCGUGGCUCCUCCUCCCGACACCGAGCGACAGCGGCAAAGGCGGCGUGGCAUCCCGACGGCGCGGCGCAAGCAGCAAGGGCAAGGCGUCCCGGCUCUUCUUCCCGACACCGAGCGACAGCGGCCGGGCGGCGAGGAACGACAGUUGCUGUUCCGGAGAAGGCGUGCUCCGUCUGCCCUGUGAGGCCAACUUCUCGGAAGAGCGGCGUCACGACGGCAGAGGCGGCGCGGCGCAAGGGGCAAGGCGUCCUGGCUCUUCCUCACGUCUUCGACCGACGGGCGCGGGCGUCGGCAACAAGGGCAAGGAGGCACGGGGGUAUGGCGUACAACGGUGUGGCAGUGUGGCGCGUACGGUGCGGGGUACGGGCGUGGCUUCUCUACUGGCGGCGCUCGGCCCCUUCCCCGGCUAGAGGCAUUCGGUCACCUCGCCAUGACAGCAGCGGGCGGCACAGCGAGGGAAGGCGGAGCGGCACGGACGUGGAAAGGAAGGGCAAGGUGGGGCGGGCAGCACGGUUGCUGCUCCUCUAGCGGCGGCGUUUGGCCCUCUUCGGCGACCUCAAAAUCUUUCUCCUGUGCCCGCCGCUACCCGUCCUGCCACCGCCCCUGCCACCUGCCGAUCCUCAGUGCCGCUUCCAGUCGCUGCUAACGUUGGCCUGUCCCAACUUCCUAACCCUAGCAGCACGCAGGUGAUAGGCCAGCAGCGGUGGCGCGUGGACGGGCGCUGCCGUGGACGCGGAGCGGAGCCCGGCAUGCGAAGGCCGCUAGGUGCAGUGCAGCAUACGAAACGAGCAACCAAGCAGGGUAGUGGUGCAGUGCACAGGCCGGCUCCGACCUGCACCAGGCACUCAGGCAGGCGCCACAGACCGCAGCACGCAACCAGCAGCUAGGCCUGGCCGUGGUAAUCAGGCACUCAGGCAGCAGCCAAGCAAUCCAGGCGCCCAGUCGCACUUAGCAACAGAGCCUCAGAUUGAUAAGAAGAAAGAUAGAUAGCUGAAAAGGUGGAUGGUCAUGGAUUGGAGGGUGCUUCAUCGGCUGAGCAGCGUAACAUCCUGUUUACCUACAUGGUGCAGCUUAGAUGUCCUCCCCGUGCCACAUUGAGCUCAUCUUGUCGGAGAAGUAAGAGCUUGUGAAGAAAGAGAUAUUUGGUUGUAUACUCUUUGUGCCUGAUUAUUUGAGUCAAAGCAACGGAUUAAUGUUGUGCUAUUUGGGUCAAUGGUUUCUUUAGGCUGAGUUCCAGAUCGCAACCAGGAAGGCUUAGAGUAGGGGGGUCAUCUUCUAUGAUUGGUUCAGUGAAACUUUUGGCUGAUUAUUUGUUGUCUCGUAUACCUGAAUGUUGUUUGCAAGUGCUUUGAUCACUGCCUGAACUGCACAUAUAUAAUUUACCAGUCUUAAGAUUUGUCUGUGGGUUUUUUUUCA